UCAGGAUUUUUCGCCAGUGAAUUUUGUUUGUGGAGUUUCCUUAGGCUUUUGAGCUCUCUAUUGCCGGAAAAACCGCACAAAUUUGGGCAAUCGUGGUGAAAAAUGCUCCAUUCGUGACCCCUGCGUGAAUUCCCACACACACUGCGUCGAUUGGCUGUGGAGAAUCCUGUGAAAAUUGAGGUCAAAGAUCCCGAUGGUAUUUUGAGGUUAGGUGUGGGGCAGGUGAUUUUCUUCCGGCCAGGAAUGGGAAGGGGAUAAGUAUUUUCACCGUGUCUGGAUUGCUGUGGGCGUGCUGAGAUGAAGUCCUUCAGUAGCGCCGAGGCGUCCGCCUCAAAAUCCAGUGGAUCUCACAAGAAAUCAUCCGUGGCGUCGCGCAGCAAAAGCAAGAAAUCCUCACAAAAUCCUGGCCACUCUUCGGCAUCCCUGGAGCCCACGCCGUCCACAUCGGAGAAGAGUCGCUACAAGAAUUACGCUGGAAUCAGCACAAAGUCCGUGAAGUGCUAUUGGGAGCAGCACGAGAAGCAGGAGACAGAUGUGUCCAAUGAGGCGUGCUCCCGUGUAGCUGAGGAUGUCACCUACAAGCUCUGGGAAUUGGCAAAUACUCUCAAGACCUACGCGCGCCACUCGGACGGCAGAGUCACGGUGGAUUUGGUGAAUGAGGCUCUCAAGGAUGCCAAUGUUUGCCCCAUUUUGGGCGCAGGAUCUUCCGAAUGGGACACGAUCGAGUACGACGGCGUGUUUCACUUCAACAAAGACAGGAUAGUUGAUCUGCGGGAGGAGUACUUAAGGGACGUUCAAGUGACCACGAGUCGAGUUGAUGUUAGCGCUUCGUGGCUCGCGGAAGAGACAAUGUCGGAGCAUUUGCUGGACUUUAUGGAUCACUUGUGCGAUGCGGUUUUCCUGGGCGACGAGUUGACUUUCAAUCGAGCAAUGCAAACUGUGGCCAUGAAUCCGUUCAUGGGAUGCAUCGUGAAUCUGCUGCUCAACAAGUGCACGGAAUUGCUCAGCUUUGAGUACAAGACGGACACACUCAGGCGCGCCAUGGAGCUGCUGAUCACACUCACGCGCAAUCCCUUCGCCAGGAAUGCGGAAAUCAACUCAGAUAUGUACUACUUGUGCCAAAUUCUGGUGUGUCUUCUCCUCGGGCCGGCCAAUCAGGGCACCGGCGGCGGCGGCGGUGGCUUUGCGGCUGAAGUUGCGCCCACGUCGGACUUCCAGGCGAAUCCCGAUCUCUCCAUGUACAACGGCAUCGACAUCACGGACAUCAAGAAUGAGUGCGAGACGUUCUUCAUCAUGAUGGAGAACAAUGGGCUGGAGAUGAAGGCGGACGGCGGCGGCGGCGUGAGUGGCGUGGAUCAGCAGAGCAAUAUCGUUAGGAUUAAGUCGGAAUUGAUGGACACUUUCGAUCAGUACAACGGCAGUGCUGAGACGAUGGAUUACUGCGAAGCGUCACAGAAUCAGAUGUGUUUCAAGCAGGAGGAGAAUAGCUCUGCCGCCGCACAGCAGCCAGAGCCGGCGGCCGUGGCGGCGGCGGCGGCGGAGGAGGACGUGAAGACGAUGGACAAUCACUCAGAGAGUGUUUUCUGGCGCGAGGACGAGUGUGGCGUGAUAUCGACGCAGAUGUGUGAUUUUGAGUGUGUGGAGCUGGUGUGCGAGUGUCUGGGGCGUCUGGGCAGCUUCUGGGGUCUGGCUGAGCGUCGCUGCUGCAAUCUCAUCCGGUCGCGACUGAAGGAGUUCUUCGCGCGCGACAGUUUGCAGCUGCAUUGGGAGUUUGAGUGGCUCGUGAGGGUGUUUCGCGCCAUGUGGGCGCUCGGUGAGAAUCCCUUCCGGGAGUUUUCCGUCUAUUUGGAGCGAAUUGAUCCAUCAGCGACGCCAGAAUGGGUUCUUCAGGAGUUCAACGUUGCUGCUGUUUAUAUCUGUGGACAUGGUGAUAGUUACUUGUACGAUUUACUCUACUCACUCUGUGGCGACUCUCUUCUUCCCUUCAUGAUUUACAACACAAAGAAACUCCAUAAAAUUGCCAUAAAAUCAGCGACUGAGUCACACAUUAAGUAUAAAAUAGUGUCCAAAGUGGCGCUGAAGACGUGCUCGCGACGACAAUCUCUGCGCUGGGGCGUCGAAGAGGAGGAGUGCUUCGAGCGGCGCGAGUUGAAGCGUGGUCCGCCGCGCAUUGGAUUCCGCUUUGCCGGCUGUCGGCCGGUGCUGUUGCCGCGCAAGGCGUCACAAACGGUGUCCAUUCCGGCGCGUCCUGUGCAGAAUGCCGAGAUGCUGGACAAAUUCAAUCGGCGUGUGGUGAUUGCCAGGCGAAAGCUCUUCACAUCGCUGACAAAUAGGCGUUCGGUGAGGAAUGUCGAUGAUGUGCGGUGUGUGAACCUCUAAGAGAUUAGGUAAUGAUCAAUUUAAUUAGCCGUUGCGCGUCUUCUUACAUAAUAAAACGAAGAAUCCUCGUUUUUCAC